AAAAUUCAAAAACAAGAAUCGGAAAGUGGGCGAGAGAAUACUCAGCGAAUAGCAACUUUAUUAGAGGUCUAGAUCUAGAAUCUAGAACAUUGGCUACAUUGACUGCAAUCUAGAGUCUAGAUCUACAUUUCAAUCUAAUUCUAAUCUAGAUCUAUAGAGUCAGUCUAGCCUAGGAACCUUCUAUCUAAUCUAGAUCUAUUCUAGAUUAGUCUUAGAUAGCUAUCUUUUAACUUUUCACGACUUAGUAUUUACUAUCUAGCUCACUGUCACUGUAAUUUAGGUUAGUGAAUAGUCACAAUAGUGACUUAGAUCUAGUAGUGUAGUAAAAUACACACUCACAGUGUGUAAGUUACACGAAGUGUAACUAUUUAAAGUCUUGACCAUACAACAUGGGUCCUUGGUCCUACAUGCUGAUAUCAUCCAGUAUUGUGAUACUGUUAGGCAUAUUUAUACAGAGAAAGGCCAAUGAACUUCCUCAAUUAGCAACCAAAGUAGAUCAGGAAUAUGACUACAUUAUUGUCGGUGGUGGCUCGGCAGGCUGUGUAUUGGCUAACAGAUUAUCUGAGGAUCCAUCCAAAAAGGUUUUGCUUCUAGAGGCUGGACCAGAUGACCGAGACCAUCCUUUUAUUUCCAUACCAGUGCGGGCAAUGGAUUCUGUGGACACUGACAUUGACUGGGGAUACCUUACAGUGCCACAGAAACAUGCACUGAAGGCGUUUAAAGAUCAGCGAGGGCGAUGGUAUCGAGGUAAAAUACUUGGCGGCACGUCCAACCUCAAUGACAUGACCUACACACGGGGAUUCCCAAAAGACUACGACAACUGGGAAGCUAAUGGUGCCCAGAAAUGGUCUUUCAAGGAUGUUUUGCCAUACUUUUUAAAGUCUGAAGACAAUGAGAAUGCAGACUUUGUUAAGUCAGGUUUUCACAAGAUGGGUGGACCACUUAAAGUUGGCAGGUCCAAGACUCACAGCUUAACAAAUUUUCUGCUGAGAGCUGGUAAAGAAAUGGGAUAUAAAAUAAUUGACGCUAAUGCUGUUCAGUCAGAAGGUUUUGUUGAGAUUCAGUCCACCUUAAGGAAAGGUGUCCGACAGAGUGCUUCAAGGGCAUUUCUUUAUCCUGUUUUGUUUAGACACAACCUACAUGUACUGACAAACUCCCCUGCUGUCCAGAUUAUGACAGAGAGCAAGCGGGCAGUGGCAGUAAAGUUUGACCACAAUGGAACCAUGACGAUUGUAUGGGCUAAGAAAGAGAUCAUUCUUAGUGCUGGAACAGUGGAAACUGCAAAGUUGUUGCUUCUUUCUGGAAUAGGGCCAGCUGAGGAUUUGAGCAAAAUAAAUAUUCCUGUUGUGGCGAAUUUACCAGUGGGAAAGAAUGUGCAAGACAGCCUGACCUAUGAAUUCCCAGUGGCCAUAGAGCCAGCCAUAAGUAUCUCACCUGAGAAACUUGAUUCUUUCUGGGAAGGAAUCAAAUAUAAAUUAGUAGGAAAAGGAAUUUAUGCCUCACCCAAUGGGAUUGAAGUUGUUGCUUACACUAAUAGUGAAGUCAACGCUGAUAAGUCCUGGCCUGAUCUUCAACUGGUGUUCAAGGGCAUGCUACAUAAUGAAGCCUAUGGGAAAAAGUUAGGGCUCACUGAUAAUGCUCUUACAGACAUGUCAGUCAGAAACAAAUUUGCUAAUGGCUUGGCCUGCUUUAGCACAAUUCUGCGUCCUAAGAGUCGUGGAACCAUCAAACUGCUGAACAAUGAUCCCAGUGCCCAGCCCCUGAUUGAUCCUAACUACUUAGAAAAUGAUGAGGACGUGGAAGUCAUACUUUCAGGUAUAAAGAUUUGUAAAAAGUUGCUGGAUAUGCCGUCAAUGAAACAGAUAUUAGCUGUACCAGCUGAUGGGCCAGCUACAACCUGCGGCAAUAUCACCUUUGACACAGAUGACUAUUGGCGAUGCAUGAUCAGGUCAAGAGGCCAACCUGUCUAUCAGCCAGUAGGUUCCUGUAAGAUGGGCUCUGUUACAGACAGCACAGCUGUAGUGGAUCCCUAUUUAAGGGUAAAAGGUGUACAGGGACUCCGUGUAGUGGACUCAUCAAUCAUUCCUUACAUGACCUCUGGGGGCUCUUACAUUCCAACAAUCAUGAUUGCAGAGAAGGCAGCAGAUAUAAUCAAAUUAAACCAAGCUCAGCACAUGUAGUGAGUGUUGCAUCCAUCGUCAUCAUUGUAGCGAAGCGAAACACCUUUGACAUUUUAUUUCAGGGAACAAAUCCUCAUCUAUUUAUUCCUUACUUAGUUCUACUUAAUUUGAUCAAUGGCUGUAAAACUAGGAGACUUUUUUUUUUAUUUUAAAAAUAUUCAUUAAUUUACAUUUUUGUAAAAUGGUUUUAAAUAAUUUUUUUUUCUUAUUUUAGAUCAUAAUACCCAAUAAUUUUCUAAUGUCUUACAAAGAGUUUGAUUCUCAAAACACUCUGACAUUUCAUUUGUGUUACUCAUCCUUGUUGUUGUUUUUUUUUAUUUAACUUAAAAAUUAUUUUUUUACUGUAACUUAAAAGAAAAUAUUACUGCUGUCAGUAUUUGUGUAGACUUAUAAAUUGAUAUAAUUUGAUAUUGUGCCCUGUCUGUAAAAAUUCAAUGUAUAUACAUAUAUAUGCAAAUUGUGGUGAAUGCAGGUGUGGAUAUUGUAGAGGCACUGCUUACUGUUCGACAGCUGUGCAGGGCAAGGCACCUAUCUGCUGUGGGAGAAGGCAGUAUUUUGUUUUUUACAAGUUCCAAGGAAAUGCUCUCAGAAAAUGCCCUGUUGAUUCCAAAAGAGAUAGCUGAUGGUCUUUUACCAAGACUAUAGGAUUAACAAAGAGCUUUUGCAGAAGACAGGCUUAUAUGCUAAAAAGGAAACUAAAAUUGACCACAGGCAGACCAUCAUGGUUAGGUUGCGUUGGAAGUGGCAAAAUAUGUAGAUCACAGCUAGGGCUGCAUAGCCAACGUGAAAUACUGCCCUCCUCUUUAAUCAUCAGUUUUGAAGACAAAGCCAUCUACAGUUGUUGUUUAUUUUUUGUAUGUGCUUUAUGUUUAUACAGAGCAUAUGUAGAGCUAAUGUGUGAAUGUAUUUUGGGGUACUUACAUAUGUUGGUGCAUUUAUUGUGCAGAUUUGAAUUGCUUCCACAUUGUAUUUAUUUUGUUACAUUUCAAAAGCUUCAAUAAUGUCUGUGGUAAUUCUCUGCCUAUAAAAUGAUUUUGCCAAUAGAUUCCUAGAGUUAAGUGCACACUUUAUUUGAGGUGCAGUAAAUUGUUUAAAAUGUAGAUUUCAGAUUUAGUUCUGGUAUAUGAUGUAAACUGAAAUUCUUGCCUCACAAUUAAGAAGAGUUGUCACUAAAGAAAAUGUGCACUUGUUGAUCUUGUUAUGGACAUUUUGCAUGAAGAUUUUUAUGAGGUGAAUUAGUUAAUGAAGCUAUAUGUUGUUUUUUUUAAAGUAUAUAUUUCUUAUUUUUAUUUUUAAAAAUUGCAUAUUUUUUAAAAAUCUAUUUAGUGUUAUAGUCUUAGCUUCAAAAUGUGAUACAAGAACAGAAUCAAAGAUUGUCAUUUGUAGUGAGAUCCAGGCUGGUACAUAUUGGAGAUCUAAAUCACAAUUAACGACACUAGGUCAAAAAACUAAAAUAUAAAUCUUAUAAUGCAAGAGCAGUUUUUAUUUGUGCUACAUAGAAUCAUCCCCUUUUUUUUUCAUUAACACUUUAACAAAAAUGCAUUCUAGCUACCAAUCAGACCCAUAAUCUGCAUGACCUGAAAAUAUAUUUGACAAUUCCACAGUGCUCCACUGGUCAAAGGUAGCUUACAAACAAAUUCUAAGCUACUUUUCAAAAUGGCUUUCAUGAAAAAGAAACCCUGAUCAAAUCCUGUGGUUGGUCAAAGGGUUAGUCAAAUUUUGUGGAGUGCUAGAAUUCAGGCAUGGUUUGGCUUAAUAUAUGUAUAUUUCUAUGAGAUUUUGUUUUGCUUAUGUUUAUAUCAUUUUUUAUUCUUUGUGCUCAAUUUUAUUGUGAAAUUCCUUAACAAUUUUUAAACUGUCAUUUGUUACAAUUUUUGUCAAGCUUCCAUUAACUCCCAUAAUAUGUCACUGAUCUGUUAAUUCAACUCUAGCUGAAAGUCAAUAUGUAUUGGAUGAAAUUUAUCAGUGAAAAGACAUUGAUUUCCUGAAUAAAAAAAACAAUUAACAACAUAAUAUUGCAGCUGUAUUUAUAACAUAACUGAACUUUCUAGGUGAAGGAAAAAAAGUAGCAUUGACUUUAAAGUCCUGCUAUCCUUCGUUUAUUUUUUUUGGGGGGGGGGGGGGGGGGGAUUUUUUUUCAUCGUUUCUCUUCGAUUUUGAACCCCUUAAAUUUCUCACAAUAGCAUGACGUCUGACAUGGAAAAUAUCUGGGGAAAGCAUCAGGGAGUGGGGGGGGGGGGGGUGAAAAUUUGCCCCAGUGAUUUAAUAACUGAUUGGCUGGGUUGUGAUUUGUUUAGUCUGAGUGGUAUAAAGUGCUUCACAGUGUGUUGGCUGGCUUUGGAGCAAAAAUUAAAUUUCUUACCUAAACUUCUGGUAUUUAGUGGUUUAAAUCUUAGCGCUUAGAUAUUUUUGUUUAAAUCACCACCACUGGCCUUCGUGUGGAUUGCACAUAUUGUGACAUUCUCGCUUUCAAAUUCUAAGUAAUGUUUCCUCGAGUGGUUCUCAAAUGGUGUAUAAUCAUUGACACCAUACCAAGUGAGUUGUUGAUGUUAUGUGAUGUUUCUGUUUUCUUCCUUCAACUGUUUAACCAGUUUACAUUUUGCCCUGCCACACACAAGUUUGUGUAGAGAAAUAUAAACUAUGUUCAUUAACAGAUUAAUAAACAAAUAUACAAUUGUGAA